GGUAGUGCCGCCAUGGAGUUCCCGGACCUGGGCGCGCACUGCUCCUGGCCCGCCUGCCAGCGCCUGGACUUCCUUCCUCUGAAGUGCGAUGCCUGCGAGCAGAUCUUCUGCACAGACCACAUCGCUUAUGCCCAGCAUGAUUGCACCUCUGCCUACAAGAAGGAUGUGCAGGUCCCAGUGUGUCCUCUCUGCAACACCCCAGUCCCUGUGAGGCGGGGGGAGAUGCCUGAUGUUGUGGUGGGUGAGCACAUUGACCGUGACUGCAAGUCUGACCCUGCACAACGCAAGCGCAAGAUCUUCACCAACAAGUGUUUGAAGCCUGGCUGCAAGCAGAAGGAGAUGAUGAAGGUGAUCUGUGACCAGUGCCACAAGAACUACUGCCUCAAGCACCGGCACCCCCUGGACCAUGACUGCAGUGGGGCAGGGCAUCCCCUUUCCAAAGCAGGGCAUGCUGCGGUUACCAGAGCCCAGGCAUCCUCCUCCAAAAUAGGCACCGCAUCAAGCAGCGGAGCUGCCCGGCCAGCAGACAGCUCCUCUUCUCCAGCCUGUGCCAGGGGAGGCAGAACAGCUGCCUCGCAGACUCGCAGCACCUCCCCUCCAGCUGUCAUGCUGCAGAAUGGGCUGAGUGAGGAAGAGGCACUGCAGCGAGCUCUGGAGAUGUCCCUGGCAGAGUCAGCACGCAGCUCAGCACAGCCACCCAGCAGCACACAGGAGGAGGAGGAUCUGGCACUGGCCCAGGCACUGUCAGCAAGUGAAGCCGAGUACCAGCAGUCGCAACGGCAGGCACAUGGUUCAAAGCCAUCAAACUGCAGCAUGUCGUAGGCAGGUGAGGCAGGGUGUGCCAGUGGACAUGUGACCCGAGGAGCGGCUCUGGCCUCCCGCAUGGAUGCCAUAGGGCUCUGGCCUGGACGCUGGUACCAAGAGCCCCUUGCCAAGGACAGCUCAUCUCCCUGGGAGCUGUAAGCCACCAAAUAUACACUGACACUUCAGUCCUAGUACCUAUAUAAAAUUAGUGCAGCAAAUUGCUGAUGCUCCUGGGGAGGUUAAGACUGGACAGGAACGGGGCUGGGUACACAUUGACCAAAGCAAGCAGCAGCCCAGGGUCUGCACUUAUCCACAGUUGCCACAGCCAUGUCCCAACACUGCUGGGACUGUGGGGAGAGGGCAGGGCUGUGUGGGGACAUCUUUGCAUGCUCAGACAUACAGCUGGAAUGUAGCUGCCUUCUGUAGUGGGGGCCUGGAUUCCAUGUUCUGAGGAGGGCCAUGCCAGCUCCUCAGCAAAGACCAAAUGUGGCUGGGAUGGUCUCUCAUCCUGCCAUGCCCUCAUCCUGGGCAUGGCAAGGCUGAAUGUGCAGCCUCCCAGCAGCGUGAAGGCAGCCCCUUUCCCACUCCCCACACCCUGAGUGCCUCCCUGCUGUUUGCAUGCACAAGAGCAUGUUGGGCCUUACCCUGCUCGGCUGGGGCACAAGACCUCUCUGAGACUGAAUGGAGCUGCAUUUCCUUUCUGGUUUAAUAUAAGUAACCUUGGCAGUGGCUUGAAUGCCAGCAUCACUCAUAUGGGAUGGUUACAGCUGCCUUCCUGCUGCUGGCUGCUCUUUGCUGCCCUAAACUUAAACAGGGCCCUGUUUAAAUGCUGCUGUGGUAGGAAUGCCUCCCUUCUUCCGGUUGUGUUGCUGGGGAUCCCCUCCAGGAUAGCAGUAGCAUAGAACGCCUCCUUACAAACAAAGCCCUGAGCCUAGAGCCUGGUUGGGUGGAGGGGAUUUGUCCUGCUGGCCUCUUGCAGGGGUUCUGCAGCUAUAUAGGACUGGGCUGUCCUUAACAGCUGUGGGAGGGGGGUUCAGGCUGGGUCCAGGGAAUGCUGAGACUUGUCAAAGUGCUGCUUGGGAGAAAAUAAAAGCAUAGCACAAGGUACAGAGGUA